AUGCCGAUGAAGAUGGAGAUUGAUCUGGAUCUGGAGGAGGAUGCAGGUUUUUAUGAGCAGACAAUAUUUUCGCAGAUCUCGGAGGAAGCCGAUAACCUGGAGAAUGUCGACGUCCAGGAAACAAGUGCACAUGAAGCAGAACAUGUAGAACCAGUGAUACAAGACGAAAAGUUCAGCUUAUCGAUAAACUUCGCCUUCUUCCAAAAAGAGGCAUAUGAGGCUUAUCGUAAGUAUGGAUAUAAUCUUGGUUUUAGUGUUCGUAAGGAUCAUCACAGUUACUGGCCUAAUUCUAGAAAUUUAAAAUCCAAGGACUUUGUUUGUUCAAAAGCUGGUUUGAAGAAGUUGUCUGAUCUUAAUAUCCAAAGGAAAUAUCGAAGAUCAGAUACUCGAACUGGUUGUCCAGCUAUGAUUAGGUUUACAGUGGAUGAAGGUGGAUAUUGGAAGGUGAAAAAAUUUAUCGAAAAUCACAAUCAUGAUUUGCCUAGGCCAGAAGACCGGCAUCUUCUUAGAUCAUGCAGGAAUAUGUGUGAUGAAAAAGCUUCUGUUCUUAAAGCAAUGACAGAUACUAGGAUAAGAACCACUGAUGCAUUUUCCUUCCUUGCUGAUGAAGUUGGAGGUGUCGAAAAUAUUGGAUUCACAAGGAGGGAUGCGUACAACUUUCUUCAAAGAAUAAAAAGAGCAAAGAUUGAACUUGGGGACACUAAUACUUUGAUUGAGUUAUUUAAAGAGCGUCAACUUAAAGAUAACAUGUUCUCUUGGGAUGUCCAGAAUGAUGAAUUUGAUAGAUUGUUAAAUUUUUUUUGGGUUGAUGGGAUUGAUAAAAUAGAUUAUGACUGCUUUGGUGAUGUGGUAAUUUUUUAUACAAGUUAUAGGCUGAAUAAGUAUAAUUUGGUAUGUGCACCAUUUGUUGGGGUUAACAAGUAUUGGCAAAACAUUUUGCUUUGGGUGGCCUUCUUGUCUGAAGAGACAAUUGAAUCAUUUACGUGGGUGUUUAUAACUUUUGUUCGAAUGAUGGGUGAUAAACAACCAAAAACAAUAUAUACAGAUCAAGACCAGGCAAUAGCUAUGGCCAUAGAAGUUGCACUACCUCAAAGUCGUCAUAGAUUGUGCCAAUGGCAUAUCCGUAAGAAGGCUCCAUCAAAAGUAUCAUGCUACAAUACCAACAACAAAGUCAAAGGCCUCUUCAAUAAGUGUUUGAGCAGAUGUGACUCUGAGGAGGAGUUUGAAAAUGCAUGGGCUGAAUUGAUCAUACAAGGGAACCUCCAAGAUCAUGUUUGGUUGCAGGAUCUUUAUAGGAUAAGUAAUAAGUGGUCAAUAGCCUUCAAUAAGGAUUGUUUUAGCAUGGACAUUAUAUCCACACAACGUAGCGAGUCUACUAAUAAUGUGUGUCAUGGCAUUUCUAAGCCCACAAGUUCUAUAAUUGAUUACUUUCUGGGUUUAGAGAAGGUGAUGAGGAAUUGGCGCCGGAAUGAACAGGAUGAGGAUUAUAGAUGCAGCUAG